GCCGCUGGGGCCAGUGGCAGGAGCGCAGCGCGCCGCCAGCCGCGGGGGGCGUGGGAUGGGGGAGGCAGGGGAGGGGGGCGCCCGCGCCGCCUAGAGCCAACUGCACACUUCAAAAGGGUGUCGGGCUGCGCUCCCCUCCCGCGGCCCGGGAACUUCGAAGCGACCCGUGCUGCCCCGGCUGCCGCGCUCCGCUCUGGGGCCUCGCAGCCCCGGCGUGGCCGCCUGGUGGCCAUGACCCGGGCACUCCGCUCCGUGCUCCGCCAGGCUCUCCUGCUGCUCGCCGCGGCCGCCGAGCUCUCGGCAGGACUGAAAUGUGUAUGUCUUUUGUGUGAUUCUUCAAACUUUACCUGCCAAACAGAAGGAGCUUGUUGGGCAUCAGUUAUGCUAACUAAUGGAAAAGAACAGGUGAUCAAAUCCUGUGUCUCCCUCCCAGAAUUAAAUGCUCAAGUCUUCUGUCAUAGUUCCAAUAAUGUUACCAAAACCGAGUGCUGCUUCACAGAUUUUUGCAACAACAUAACACUGCACCUUCCAACAGCCUCACCAAAUGCUCCAAAACUUGGACCCAUGGAACUGGCUGUUGUCAUUACUGUGCCUGUGUGCCUCGUGUCCAUAGCUGCCAUGCUGAUAGCAUGGGCCUGCCAAGGGCGGUGGUGCACCUAUAGGAAGAAAAAGAGAUCCAAUGUGGAGGAACCGCUCUCUGAGUGCAACCUCGCAAAUGCUGGAAAGACCCUUAAAGACCUGAUCUAUGAUGUGACUGCCUCCGGUUCUGGCUCUGGUCUACCUCUGUUGGUUCAAAGAACAAUUGCAAGAACGAUUGUACUUCAGGAAAUAGUAGGAAAAGGUAGAUUUGGUGAGGUGUGGCAUGGACGAUGGUGUGGGGAAGAUGUGGCUGUGAAAAUAUUCUCCUCCAGAGACGAACGAUCAUGGUUUCGAGAGGCAGAAAUUUAUCAGACGGUCAUGCUGCGACACGAGAACAUCCUGGGUUUCAUUGCCGCUGAUAACAAAGAUAAUGGAACUUGGACUCAGCUUUGGCUUGUAUCUGAAUAUCAUGAACAGGGUUCCUUAUAUGACUAUCUGAAUAGAAAUAUAGUGACAGUGGCUGGAAUGAUCAAACUGGCACUUUCAAUAGCUAGUGGUCUAGCUCACCUUCAUAUGGAGAUCGUUGGCACACAAGGGAAACCUGCUAUUGCUCAUCGAGAUAUAAAAUCAAAGAAUAUUUUAGUGAAAAAAUGUGAAACUUGUGCCAUAGCAGAUUUGGGGUUGGCUGUGAAGCACGAUUCAAUACUGAACACUAUUGACAUACCUCAGAAUCCUAAAGUGGGGACCAAGAGGUAUAUGGCUCCUGAAAUACUUGAUGACACAAUGAAUGUGAAUAUCUUUGACUCUUUUAAACGAGCAGACAUCUACUCUGUUGGUCUGGUUUACUGGGAAAUAGCCCGCAGGUGUUCAGUGGGAGGAAUUGUUGAGGAGUACCAGUUGCCUUAUUACGACAUGGUGCCUUCAGAUCCCUCGAUAGAGGAAAUGAGGAAGGUUGUGUGUGACCAGAAACUCCGACCGAGUAUCCCAAACCAGUGGCAAAGCUGUGAAGCACUCCGAGUCAUGGGAAGAAUAAUGCGUGAGUGUUGGUAUGCCAACGGGGCAGCCCGCCUAACUGCCCUUCGUAUUAAGAAGACUAUUUCUCAACUUUGUGUCAAAGAAGACUGCAAAGCCUGAUGAUGAUGAUCGUGUUAAAAAGAAAUCUCUUUCAACUUUCUUUCCCAUUUCCCCUCUUUAUGUGAAUGUUUUGUCCUUUUUCUUUUUUGGUUCUACCUCAAAGAUUAUGCAGUACAGUAUUUAAGUGCCCACAGGCAGCAUGAAAAGGUAACUCUAAGCAUGAGCUGGACUUGACUUCGUCCAGUCUCCAUGUCCUGUUUAAUUUUAUUUUGAAAAGUAACACAUCAAUUCGUCUUUUUAUUUCAUGAGAAGGAACGACAAUUACAAAGUGUAAAAUAAGCUAUAUAAAAAUAAUAAAGUCAUUAAGAUUUUAUUUUACUUGAACCAAGAACACAUGAAUGAAUAGACAAAAAAAUGUAAAAACUUUUUUUUUCUCAAGAUGAAAAUACAUUCAUUGAUGUGAACUAGAGCAUGUUAUGUCUAAACAGAACUUUGGGUCAUGCAAUCAAAGGCUUUCCCUUUUUAGAUUAGCAGGACCUUUUAAAAAUAGUAAAUAUUGCUCUGAAUUCUAAAAUAUAAAACACAUGAAAGUGGAGCUGCUCAGUGGAAGAUGUGAGUGAGGUCAGAGUCCCACUUGCUUGGUCUCUCCUCUGCCAUUCCCAUACUGUUCACAGUCCAUUGCUGCAGCCAUCCCUGGGGCAGGGAGUUUGCAAGCCGCUGACCUUGUGACUUCCUCUCAUUUAUAAAAGAGACACCUGAUAGGCUGGGACACUGAGAAAUGUCUCAAAGUCACACAGCUAAAGGUAGAGCUAUUAUGAAAUCUUAUGAUAAUCAACACUGACAGAGCCAGCUGGCCUCCUACUUUUUCUUGAAUUCCUGUAAUUCUUCUCUCCCUGUGAACAGUUUUUACUGUGAUAUUGGUAGUUUUGUCAUUCAAAAGUCAUAGAGUUAUUUCGCAGGCUCACAAUACACCUGUAUGCAACCUUAGACCAUCUCUGUUGACAUUUUCCUCAGAGAAGUAUUCGUUACCCCAUUUGUCAAUGAGUAUUAACGUUUUUUUAAGUAAGUCCAGAGAUUAAUCAGACUCAACUCUUCAUUAUGUCAAGAUACCUUAAGAUGUAACUCAGAGGUUCCUAUUACUUUUGCACACACACAUUGAGAAAGAAAAGGACAGGAAAAAAAGAGGAAGCAAGAACAUAUUUUGAGAAGUGUAACAUGCCAAACUCUAUGAAGUAUAUCAGCAACAAUAAAUAGGUAUUUCAGAAUUACAGAAAAAUGCUCAUGAGAGUUUUGCCUUUAUUCUACCUUCUGUGGAGUGAUGAAUAUUUGGGGGGACAUUAAAUAUGUCCUUCAAAUCUGUAAUACUGCCUUGGUGAAGGAAUUUAACAUGGUAUCUUUUAUUGUUCUAAAACGUUUUUUUCCGAAACUCUGUUCCUUAGAGAAUUCUUCCCCUGAGAGGAUCCAAGAUCCAAAGUAUUCUAUGAUAGUUUCUUAAACAGUGAUACUGCACAUUAGCAUACAAUGUACUGUGAGGAGUAAAGUAAAUGUUAACAGUAAAGAAAGGUUACUUGAUUUUUUAAAACUGGAUUUCUCCAAUUAUUUCACCAGGGUGAAAUCCUUUUAUUAGGAGGAGGAAAAGCUUUUUCACUAUCCCAUGUUCAAGUGUUCUAAAAAGUGCAAUUUGACUUAAAAAAAACAGCGUUCUCUGAAGGCUAUACCCAUGUAUUUUCACAUCAUAGAGUAUAAUUUAGUGAUUAUGCUUCAUUUUGUUAUGUGACUAUGUUACUGAACCCAUCUUCGUUUGACUAAGUUGAAAAUAAAGAAGGCAAAAAAUGGACAGGUUUACAUAUACUUCCAUUCUCAUUCAUGCAUUCAUUCAUUUAUUAAAUCAUUUUGGAGCACCCCAUAUUUUGCUUGCCACAAUAUGGGGUGCAAGAGAGAAUAAAAAAACAGAGAGGUCCUGCCCUCAGGGAUUUUAAAGUCUAAUUUGGGAACAGGCAUAGGGAUGGGAGUGUGUGGGGGAAGAAAGUAAAUUGACAGAUAAAAUACAA